UCAGAGUCCGAUCAUUAUAGUUCCGUUAGGACCCGCUAAAAUAAGCACUAGUUCUCUGCGAAUUGUGCACCCCAUAAACUUGACCUCAAUUGGAACAAUUGUAGAAAGCUUUAACGCCGUUUCUAUGGAGAGAUUGUCGAAUCAAACGCCUUUUAAGUCAAUAGUUAAAGCAAAAUUAGACAAAAUAAACUUGAGUUACAACCGAAUAAAACCACUACGUAGGAGAAAACGAUGGGAAUCUCUCGGAAAGGCCUGGAAAUACGUAUCGGGAAGCCCUGAUGCAGACGACCUUAAGAUUAUAAAUUCGUCAUUAAAUUCAUUAAUUAGCGAGAAUAACAAGCAAAUAAGAAUCAAUAGUGCUUUCGAUUCACGAAUGAGCAACAUUACAAAAGCAAUUAACGUCAUACUGGAAAAUGAGGAAAAUGUAAUACAUUCCUUAGAGGGCUUUGAUGUAUUAGAAUUAAUAUUCAAAAUUGAUGAGCUAUUAUACUACUUAGACAUAAUCGAAGAGGCGAUCACACUAGCGAGACGGAGUAUCCCAAGCAGCCGCAUCAUUCACCUCGACGAAUUGGAAACCAUUCAUCAUUCCCUCAUUAAUGACGGUUUCGGGCUUAACUCGGUCGAUAGCAUACUUAGUACUGCCAAUGCCUACGCAGUAUUAAACAACGAAAUUUUCAUGUACAUACUGAAGAUACCCAGGAUCAAAAAUGUACAGUACACCCUCAACUUCAUUGAACCAGUCAUUGUAGAUCACCACAGAGUCCACCUACAAACACAGUUUUAUUUGAAAGGACAGAAAUCAUUCAUGUUAAAAAGCGCUUGUUCCAAAGCCAACGCCAUGUUUAUAUGUUCCUCAACGGAUCUAGAACCUUUGACGGGUUGUAUGCAACAAUUGGUCUCCGGAAAUACAGCAGAGUGUCCCAUAGAACGCACCUACGGAAACAAAACUAUUCGGAAAAUCAAUGAUGGCAAUAUAGUCGUCAAUGCAAUCAAUGUAACACUUUCGUCAAACUGUUCAGUCACCCAACGCACUCUACAGGGGUCGUUCCUAAUCCAAUACUCAAACUGUACACUGAAAUUGGAUGACGAGGAAUAUGUCAACACAAACAUGGAGAUACAGCCGUUCAUACCUACCACGGGAUUGAAGGUAAAUCCAACCAAACUGUUUAACCACAUUCCGUUGGAACAUUUACAGGAGUUACAUAUGGAACAGCGUAACCAUAUCACACACCUUAACCUGACAGCCGAAAACCUCCAUUGGAAACUUCAUUUCCUGGGAUGGAUAGCAUCCGUAAUCUCAUCAACUUUACUAAUCUGCAUACUGGGUUCAUCCAUAAUCAUCGUUUUGAAAUUCGCCGCCUGGAAGACACUCCUUACCAACAGCAAACCAGAAGUCAUCGAACAGGAUACCAUCGCAUCAACCGAGGCCCAUCCCGAGUCCAGAGAGGUACCGCUGAUACUUCAGCAGUAGACGAAAGCCGAGGACGUCUUUCAGCUAAGGGGGAAGCCGUUACGGAACCGUUUGGUACAUCACGCCACUCGGGUCCGCCAACCUACGGUCGACAACGUGGAGCGUGCAGCGUCAGCAGUAUGCAGUCAUAAGAGGGCCGCGAGCGCAUGGCUCGCCCUCUUUUUCGCUGUGCAGUUCUUGUGGAGCACCGGUGGUGCCGUGUGAUUAGUGAUAAGUGAAUAAAUUGUUGAAAGUAGUUA